UAGUUAAGUUUUUAAACUUUUUAAGUCUACUUUGGAAAAUACAUAACCGUGUUCAAAUAUUAUUUGAACCGCAUCGACAGCAUUCAAGCGUAAAACCGUCUGAUAGAAAGUGUUAUAAAUUCGUUUUCUUUCUACUUUAUAAAAGGGAGAUUUGACACCGUACCUGUCAUUUCCAUUGAGCACACGCAAAUUACUGUUCAUUGCAUUUAGUUUUGAAACAUGGACGCGAAAAUACUGCUAUUAUUAGCAUGCAUAGUGGCUACAACAGUAGCAUGGUCUCUACCAUUCUACCCAGUUCCCAGAGUUCCGCUGAGGGUCACCAGAUUUGCGCCGCCUUCACCGCCACGUCGCGUACCAAUCGAACCAGCAGAUGAAGAUGAUCACAGGCAUCAACAGAGGCCAAAACGAGGCCAUGAUUACGACCACGACUCUGGUCAUCAUCGAGGGACCGGCGGAGUCACCGGCCCGGUCCACACGUUCGUAAAGACGGACAAAAACGCAAACUACAAAUGGGGUGUGAGGCAUCAUGUCGGAGACAAAUAUGCCUCGUAAAACGUCUCUACAAGAUUUCUGUUACGUAAUUUAUUUAGUUAUACUUUUAGAUUUUAUUGUUAUACUU